AUGCUUCCAUCCGACCUAACACCCGACUCGAAAAGUCGAAUCGCCCUGCGUGGUGUGGGUGGCACGGAUGUACUCGUUCCCUACCUAAGUAUCGGCGCAUGGUCAUGGGGCGACAAAGCAACCUUUAACUACAACCCAACACGAGACCUACCGCACAUCCACGCAGCAUGGGCGAAGCUCAAGUCUGUUGGGUUGACUUUCAUGGACACAGCGCAGUCCUACGGCGACGGCGAGAGCGAGCGGAUCUGCGGAACCCUGUUUCGGGACAUGCCUCGCGACUCUUUCGUGGUACAGACCAAGUGGCUACCAACCCCUGAUUCACUCCUCCCUCUUAACCUGGAAUAUGUCGACAUCUAUCUAGUCCAUGGGCCUAUCCAUCCUAGCACGAUAUCCACUGUCGCGAAGGGCAUGGCUGACUGUGUUGAAUCUGGUAUGGCACGCGCAGUUGGAGUGGCUAAUUUUGAUACAAAGGAGAUGAUCAAGAUGGCCGAUGAGCUGGCCAAGCAUGACGUUCCGCUCUCUGUCUGCCAAUGCGAGUACUCCAUCGUCCGCCGCUUGUCUGAAGUCAGCGGCAUGAUUCGAGAAUGCAAGAAGCGCAGUAUCUGCUUCCAGGGGUUUACCUCGCUGGCUGAGGGCCGUUUUUCUAAUAAAUAUUCGCGCUUCAAUGAGCCCCAGCGCAAGCGGCGCUUCAGCAGUUAUCCCAUGAAUAUGCUGGAACCUACUAUCAAUAUCUUGAAGCGUAUUGCCGAAGAGCGGCGUGUGUCUGUUCCUGCUGUCGCGCUAAAUUACUCUAUCAAUAAGAGCGUUCUACCACUAGUUAGCGUGCGCGAUACUAGUCAAGCGGAGCAGGAUAUGCAAGCGCUUGGAUGGCGGCUGACAAAAAAUGAGAUGAAACGGAUUGAAGGAGUCAGUCUACAGGGUAGCAGAUCCUCAUUUAUGCAGCAUGGUACAUGUCGCAAUCAGCGCCAUGCAAUUGCGCAACUCCCCGCCAAGGACCGCGCCCUUGGCAUCUGA